CUAUCUCUCUCUCUACCAUGUUAACCAAACAUCUUGCACAAGUUUUGGACACAUUAAACAUGAAGGCUCUUCUAAUAUGGGCUGUUUUGCUGAACUUUUACAAACUCCUUAAGACAGGUGACUGCACUUCAAAACAUGACCAAGUACUCUCAAUCCAAGUCACAACACACCAACAGGCAGAUAUUGUGAGAAACAUAUCCAGCCAAUAUGAGACAGUUUUGUGGUCACCUGCUUCACCUGAGCACAUUGGAGCAGACACUGAGGUGCACCUGUUUGUUCCUGCCAACAACUUGGGGACUGUCACAGACCUGCUGGAUACACACCACAUAACACACCAAGUGCUACUGGACAACACAGAGGAACUGAUUGAGAUGCAGACCAGGAAUGAAUCGGCGGACCCUCGAAGCAGCACAUCUUAUUAUGAGAGAUACCAUUCUCUGGGGGACAUAUACUAUUGGAUCAACAAGACUGCCCAGGAACACUCAGACAUGGUCAAAGUCAUCCUGAUUGGCUCAUCGUAUGAGAAACGCCCACUUUAUGUUCUCAAGUUGUCCGGACGACAAGAGAGAGCUGAAAAGAGAGCAAUGUGGAUUGACUGUGGCAUUCAUGCUAGAGAGUGGAUCUCCCCAGCCUUCUGCCUGUGGUUUGUGCAAUAUUCCUUGAAUUUCUACAAUCAAAACAAUGACAUCACUGAGAUGCUGAACAGUAUGGACAUCUAUGUUCUGCCUGUCAUGAACCCGGAUGGAUACAAGUACACAUGGACAACGAACCGAAUGUGGAGAAAGAAUCGUUCCUCGAACAAGGAAAGCAACUGUGUUGGAACCGACCUCAAUAGAAACUUUGAUGCAAACUGGUGCACGAAGGGCGCCUCCAACAGGCCCUGUGAUGAGAUAUACUGCGGCCAGUUCCCAGAGUCGGAGCCUGAGGCGGAAGCCGUGGCUAACUUCCUGCGCAGCCACAAAGACUCGGUAAAGCUCUACCUCUCCAUCCAUUCCUAUGGUCAGAUGCUGCUCUUCCCAUACUCCUGCUCCAAUGAGGAGGUGCCUAACCAUGCCGAGCUGUUUGAGCUUGCACAGGAGGCAGCCAUGAAAAUCAGAAGACACUACAGGAACAACUACAAAUAUGGCGCAUCAGCAAAAACAAUAUACUUAGCCCCCGGAGGAUCUGACGACUGGGCCUACAACCUGGGUAUCCACUACUCCUUCACCUUUGAGCUGGAGGACCGUGGUCGAUAUGGUUUCCUCCUACCGCCAUCAUUCAUCUCCAAGGCCUGCAAUGAAGCCCUCCUCGCUGUUAAGAGUAUAGCUGUCAGAGUCAUUCAGAAAACACAACCCCAACCCUAACCCUUUAUGCUCCUGAGAAGUUGGCUGUGUAAACCUGAGCAGUUUCACGUCUGAUUUGGUCCAAAGUAAUGCCUUUUAUCAAAGUCUGUUUUGUGUGCGUGUCUGUCAAACAUGAUUUUAAAUUGUAUCAUCGCCUAAAAAAGUAUUCAUGUUUUUUUUAAAGGAGUGGGGCAGUCACACUCAUUACAUAAUUAGUUGUUUGUUGGAGGAGAGGAAAGACGGGGGAGAGAGUGCUGAAAUAGCAAUGGGUCUGAUUCAAACCCAUGCUGCAGCACAUUGUGUUCCAUGGGCAGCGGCUUAGACCGCAAGGCCACCCUAGCACAGUAUUCAUGUUUUGUAGUAAGUAAUCAUAGCCACUAAUGAAAUCUUUCUCUUUCAAUUCCUUUCUUAUUUUUUUAAUUCCAGCUGUAUAUCCUCCUACAGUUUUAAAGCUUAAAACUAUAAUUGUGUUGACAGUUCUCUGUGUGUAGGCUUCUAAUGGUGUAACAAGAUGAAUGGUCCAACAGAAAACAAUAAUGAAAUUAGAUAUUCAAAUGUU